ACUGAUAGUACCAAGCUAAAUAUAUUAUCUUGAGAUGGCAUAUUCAGUUCCAUUGCUUGUGAGUUGUUUAUUAGUAAUAAUCUCAGUUAGCUUGGCCCAAACAUCCUUCCGACCUCGUGGUCUUGUGCUUCCAGUUAGAAAAGAUGCCUCCACUCAACAAUACGUUACCGCAAUCGACCAACGGACCCCGCUAGUCCGCGUAAACCUGGUCGUCCACCUGGGCGGCCAGUACUUAUGGGUCGAUUGCGAUAACAACUACUCUUCAUCCACCUACAGGCCCGCACGCUGUCACUCCGCCCAGUGUUCACUGGCCGGAGCCACAGGGUGCGGGGACUGUUUCAACGGGCCUCGGCCCGGUUGCAACAACAACACCUGCGGCCUCACCCCGGACAACCCCUUCAUCCGCACUGCCACAGGCGGGGAGCUGGCCGAGGAUGCCGUCUCGGUCCGGUCAACCGACGGGUCAAACCCGGGCCACGCCGUCACCGUCCCUAGAUUCUUAUUCGUCUGCGCGCCGACGCUGCUAGUCCAGGGCCUGGCGGGAUCAGCGACGGGCCUGGCGGGCCUGGGCCGGGCCCGUGUGGGGAUGCCGUCGCUAUUCUCCGCGGCUUUCAGUUUCCACCGCAAAUUCGCAAUCUGCCUCUCGGGGUCCACGAGCUCGGACGGGGUGAUUUUAUUCGGGGACCGUCCGUACAACUUCAUCCGCGUCCCCGCGCCACUGGACGCGGGGGCAUCCCUGGCGUACACGCCCCUGUUCGUGAACCCAGUGAGCACGGCAGGGGCGUACUCGCAGGGGGAGGCCUCGACCGAGUACUUUAUUAAGAUCAGAUCCAUCCGGGUCAACAACAGCCCCGUGGCGGUCAACGCGAUGCUCCUCGACAUCGAUGCCGAGGGCAAUGGAGGGACCAAAAUAAGCACAGUCAACCAGUACACACUGCUCGAGACCUCGAUCUACAGAGCAGUGGUGGAUGCUUUCUCCAGAGCCACGGCUGGGAUCAGGAGGGCCCCGGCUGUGGCGCCGUUCCAGGUGUGCUUCGAGAGCGGGAGCGUGGGGAGCACGAGGGUGGGGCCAGGGGUGCCGAAUAUUGAUCUGGUGCUGCAAGGGGAGAACGCGGUGUGGACGUGGACGGGGUCGAACUCGAUGGUGUAUGUGAACGACGACGUUUUGUGUCUGGCGGUGGUGGACGGGGGAGUGAGUCCGAGGACGGCGGUGGUGAUAGGAGGGCAUCAGAUUGAGGAUAAUCUGCUGCAGUUCGAUCUGGCGGCGUCGAGGUUGGGAUUUAGUAACACGCUCUUGGGGCGACAAACUACGUGUGCCAACUUCAACUUCACGUCCAUUGCGUAGGCUCUAUUUUGUGGAGUACUCCUAUAAUAAAUGUUAUGACUUUGCCUCUGUAAGAUGAAUGAAUAAUGGAUGAUGUAUCUAUUGCUCUUUGUUUUUUUUUUUUUAUCAUCGUGUUGUGUUAUAUAAGUAUCAUUUUCAAAACAAUUAUUGUACUCGUUUGAACUUUGAUAUGA